AUGGCAAAAAGAAUAGAAAUUAGUAUUGAAACUCGAAGUGCAAUUAUCACACUUAGAAAGGAAGGUUAUUCUUUGCGGAAUAUUGCAAGGAAAUUGAAAGUGUCAUACAAGGGUGUGCUGGGUACAGUAACACGUUUUGCGGAUAUUGGUAGUUUGAAAGACAAACCACGGUCAGGAAGACCCAAAAUCACGUCGAGAGCUGAAGAUGUAAGAAUAAAUAUUAUUUACCAACGAAACAGACGACUAACGACCUCGGAAAUUCGUGUAGGACUUAAUGAUAGUAGACCGAAUCCAAUAUCUCUGACCACGGUGAAAAGGCGACUAAGAGCUGCAGGUUUAAAUGGCCGUAUAGCAGUCAGGAAACCAUUGCUUUCGUCGAAAAAUCAGUGUAUUGUACCUACUGUCAAACAUGGUAGUGGUUCAGUUAUGAUCUGGGGAUGUUUUUCAACGGUUGGAGUAGGAGACCUAAUCAAAAUAGAACAUACAAUGAAAAAAGAAGACUAUAAACAGAUACUCGAGCAGCACGCUCUACCAUCAGGUCACCAGUUAAUAGGUAGAAAUUUUAUUAUGCAGCAAGAUAACGACCCUAAGCACUCAUCUAAAUUGUAUAAAGGGUUCUUAUUGCAAAAAAAAACAGAGGCCAGCACAAUCACCGGAUUUGAACCCGAUAGAAUUUUUGUGGGAAGAGCUCGAUCGGAAUAUCCGGUUGCACUGUCCAACAUCGAAAGGACACCUUUGGUAACUACUACAAGUAGCAUGGAAAAAUUUAAAGUUAGGAAUACUCGAAAAACUAAUUGCCAGGAUGCCCAGAACAUAUCAGGCUGUCAUUAG